CAGGAGUUGGGGGCGGGCGAAGGGUGGGGACAGCAAGGGGGAGGGCGACGGCAGGGGGCUGCUGGUUGGUUUCUGGGGCGGGAAGCGCGCGAGGGAGGCGGGAGGCUGGAGUCGCGGGCCUCCAAGGUCCCUGCGCGGACGCCGCAGUCCAUUGUGCUUCACGCUCGGCGCGCUCUGUUGCAGAGGAGCCCGGGCCGGGACGAGUGGACCCGACUCUCCCCAGGCCCGGCCGCGUCGCCUGCUCUAGUCCAGCCGAGCCGGAGCUUCUCGGACCAAUCCCCGGUGAUUAUGCAAGAGAGCCGACCAAUCAGCUCCACCAGCUCAUGAAUAUUUAUGACCUUGGCUGAGUCAAAGCUUUGAACCGAGUUUGGGGAGCUCGGCAGCAUCAUGCUUAGACUUUUCAAAGAGACAAACUCCAUUUUCUUAUGAAUGGAAAGUGAAAACCCCUGUUCCGCUUAAAUUGGGUUCCUUCCUGUCCUGAGAAACAUAGAGACCCCCAAAAGGGAAGCAGAGGAGAGAAAGACCCACACCCAGACCCCCGCGAGAAGAGAUGACCAUGACCACCAUGCCAGAAAGUCUCAACAGCCCCGUGUCGGGCAAGGCGGUGUUUAUGGAGUUUGGGCCGCCCAACCAGCAAAUGUCUCCUUCUCCCAUGUCCCACGGGCACUACUCCAUGCACUGUUUACACUCGGCGGGCCAUUCGCAGCCCGACAGUGCCUACAGUUCGGCCUCGUCCUUCUCCCGACCGCUGGGCUACCCCUACGUCAACUCGGUCAGCAGCCACGCGUCCAGCCCCUACAUCAGUUCCGUGCAGUCCUACCCCGGCAGCGCCAGCCUCGCCCAGAGCCGCCUGGAGGACCCAGGGGCGGACUCCGAGAAGAGCACCGUGGUGGAAGGCGGUGAAGUGCGCUUUAAUGGCAAAGGGAAAAAGAUCCGCAAGCCCAGGACAAUUUAUUCCAGUUUGCAGUUGCAGGCUUUGAACCGGAGGUUCCAACAAACUCAGUACCUAGCUCUCCCUGAGAGGGCGGAGCUCGCGGCCUCCUUGGGGCUCACACAGACUCAGGUCAAGAUAUGGUUCCAGAACAAACGCUCCAAGUUCAAGAAGCUGAUGAAGCAAGGCGGGGCAGCUCUGGAGGGCAGCGCGCUGGCGAAUGGCAGGGCCUUGUCUGCCGGCUCCCCACCGGUGCCACCCGGCUGGAAUCCGAACUCCUCCUCUGGGAAGGGCUCCGGCAGCAGCGCAGGCUCCUACGUCCCCAGCUACACAUCCUGGUAUCCUUCAGCGCACCAAGAAGCUAUGCAGCAGCCUCAACUCAUGUGAGGUUAUCAGUUCGCACUCACCCGCCUCCUUCCCGUCUCCCAUGGCCCGGCCCCUCUCGCCUCCAGGUCCAUCCACCCUUUCUGGUGCCCUGGGUCGGAAGGAGAAGGACCCCGAGGUGAGGAAGAGGGGUGGGUGGAGGAAAGAAAAAGGAACAGAGGGUUUGCCGCCUCCCUGGAGGUCUGGGUCCAGCGAGUUUCCAACUCUCCGCCCGAACCUAGUUUGGGCCACGCCGUGACAGCAGAGUGGCCUCAAAGCAGGCACAGCCACUGGAGACCGAGCCCCAAGACAACCAAGACAACCGGCUGGACCCGACCAGACUCUCAGCUUUGUGAGACUUAUCAGGAAAAAAAAAUACGUAGGAGGGGGAAAUGCUCUUUUUUUUUUUUUCGGUUCUGUCUGUCUUUGUCUCCUUUUCGUACUGUCUGUGCGCUGAGUCAAGGUCCUCGUGUGUCUGCUGUCCUCAUUCUGCGGCCUCUCCAAAAAGUCACCAGGUCUGAGCCACACCGGUCUGCCUGCCGGCAGCCCAUCAGCGAAUCCUGGACCGCUUUUUCCUUUAUGGUCUUCUUCCGGGCCCUGCUUGACCACCUGUGUAGCUUGUUUGGGAAACGGGGAAAAUCAGAGGGAGGGGGGUUAAUUUAUUGAAAAACAGACUUUAUCUGACGGCUGAGUGUUGGCCAAUUCCAGGUUCUCUGGGGCAUGGAGUGGGCACUGUCCAAACAUACUAUUUACCUUGAAUACACCAGAAAAGGGAGCAAGGAGGGGGAUAGUGGUUUUUAAGGUACACAGUAACUUUUGUACUUUGCUGGAAUAGAGUGGUGGGAGCAGCGUGAUUUACAUUUUACAUGCCCCAUGUUUGUUAUUAAAAAUAACAAACAACAAAAGAAAGUACAAAGUAACAAAAGAAAGAGAAGUGAAGCCAUCGGGAUUUUGUCAGGAACGCGGACAAGAACACCCAGCCAAGAAGAAAAUCAUCCUCUGGGCAGCAAGAGAGAGGACCAAUGGUCCUUGGAGAGAAAAAUCAGUCCUGUGGAAGCCCCCUAAUUCCAGGUCUCUUUGAAGUAAGACAUAAACAGCUUUAAACAACCCCCAGCGGCUCAACCACAGAACACAAGUCGCCACCCUGAACGCACAGUCUCUGGUGCAGGAUCUAAUUGCUGUACAUAUUAUUAUUAUUAUUGUUAUUAUUAUUAAUAAUUAUUAUUGUUGUUCUGUAAACAUGUUGCACAAGCUUAGCCUCUUUCCGUUCCAUUGUGUGUGGCUGUAAACCCGAUGCUUUGUGAAAUAAGAAUCUUGACAUUUUACUUGUGAAAUUUGGAAAAUGUGAUCGAUUGAAAUCCAACCGUGUUUUGUGUUCUCUAUGUCAAAGUUUAGUUUUAUAUUGAGAAUGUUAACUUAUUGCUUUGUAUCUUGGGGGGAGGGGAACUUUGUAAAUAAGUUAUAAAGUUUCUUUGAGACAGUAAAAUUAUGAUUUCAUGAAAGA